AUGUCCUGGAACAACAAGAUCGCUCGGACCGCCAACGCUCCCCGGACUGCCCCGUCCGAGAUUGAGCAGCAGAUCGCUCAGGCUCUUCUCGACCUCGAGACCAACGUCCCCGAGCUCAAGGCUGAGCUCCGUCAGCUCCAGAUCUCGGCCGCCAAGGAGGUGGACGUGAAGGGCGGCAAGAAGGCGGUUGUUGUGUUUGUCCCUGUGCCCAUGGCCAAGGCAUUCCACAAGGUCCAGCAGCGCCUUACCCGUGAGCUCGAGAAGAAGCUCUCGGACAAAUACGUCGUUUUCGUCUCCCAGCGCCGAGUCCUCCCCAAGCCAAAGCGGAAAUCCGGCACCGCCAACAAGCAGAAGCGUCCCCGUACCCGCACCCUCACCGCCGUCCACGAGAAGAUGCUCGAGGACCUCGUCUGGCCUUCGGAGAUUGUCGGCAAGCGCACCCGUGUUGCCCAGGACGGUAACAAGCUCAUCCGAGUGUUCCUUGACGCCAAGGACCAAAACUUGCUCGAGUACAAGCUCGACACCUUCUCUUCCGUGUACCGUCAGCUCGCAGGCAAGGAUGUGCACUUCGAGUUCCCCGUCCAGGCCACCGAAUAG